GCGGGCAGCCCCCGGCCGCCACGCAAUGUCCGCCGGCUGGUUCCGGCGCCGCUUCCUAUCCGGGGGUCCACUUCAAGAGCCGCGCCCGCCUGGGCCGCGCUCCAGCCCAGUGCCCUAUCACCGGCCCCGCUUCCUGCGCGGCUCCAGCUCCAGCCCGGGCGCCACCGAUGCCUCGCGCCGCCCGGAUGCCCGACCGGUGCGCAGCCCAGCUCGGGGCCGCACGCUGCCUUGGAACGCAGGCUACGCCGAGGUUAUCAACGCAGAGAAAUCUGAAUUUAACGAGGACCAGGCCGCCUGUGGGAAGCUAUGCAUCCGGCGAUGUGAGUUUGGGAUUGAGGAAGAUCAAGAGUGGCUGACAGUGUGCCCCGAGGAGUUCCUGACAGGUCAUUACUGGGCACUGUUCGAUGGGCAUGGUGGACCUGCUGCAGCCAUUUUGGCCGCCAACACCCUGCACUCUUGCCUGCGCCGGCAGCUGGAGGCUGUGGUCGAAGGCAUGAUGGCCACUCAGCCCCCCAUGAAUCUCAGUGGCCGCUGUGUCUGCUCCAGUGAUCCCCAGUUUGUGGAGGAAAAGGGCAUCCGGGCAGAAGACUUGGUCAUUGGGGCCCUGGAGAACGCCUUCCAGGAAUGCGACGAUGUGAUUGGAAGAGAGCUGGAGGCCUCAGGCCAGGUGGGUGGCUGUACAGCCCUGGUGGUUGUGUCCCUGCAGGGGAAGCUGUAUGUGGCCAAUGCUGGGGACAGCAGGGCCAUCUUGGUGCGGAGAGAUGAGAUACGGGUGCUGAGCUCUGAGUUCACCCCAGAAACAGAGCGGCAGCGGAUCCAGCAGCUGGCCUUUAUUUACCCUGAGCUUCUGGCUGGCGAGUUCACCCGACUGGAGUUCCCACGGCGGCUGAAGGGGGACGACUUGGGGCAGAAGGUUUUGUUCAGGGAUCAUCACAUGAGUGGCUGGAGCUACAAACAGGUGGAAAAUUCCGAUCUCAAGUACCCACUGAUUCAUGGACAGGGUAGGCAGGCUCGGUUACUGGGAACACUAGCUGUCUCCCGAGGCCUGGGAGACCAUCAGCUCAGAGUCCUGGACACCAAUAUACAGCUCAAGCCCUUCCUGCUCUCCAUCCCACAGGUGACUGUGCUGGAUGUGGACCAGCUGGCAUUGCAGGAAGAUGAUGUGGUUGUCAUGGCAACCGAUGGGCUCUGGGAUGUCCUGUCCAAUGAGCAGGUGGCGCAGCUUGUGCAGAGCUUCCUCUCUGGGAACCGAGGGGACCCACACAGGUUCUCAGAGUUGGCCAAAAUGCUGAUAUACAACACACAGGGGAAAGACGAUGGUGCCACCAGCGAAGGGCAGGUGUCCUACGACGACGUCUCUGUGUUCGUGAUUCCUUUGCACAGCCAGGGCCAAGGGGGCAGUGGCCACUGAGGAUUCAGACAACUGCAUUCUAGAACCUCUUCAGGA